UAGGUGCCAAUAUGAUUAGGUCGGUAUCGAGAGGGGCAUAGAAGUUGUCGUGGACGUCAAAAAAAUCGCUGUUUCCGUAUCCCUAACGUUAUCUGAAACGGCAUCCGCCCUAAAUUCUAAUCUCCCGGUUUGCCUUGCAUUAGCUUAAUCGGUCAGUCCUCAUGCCCUAGCUGCUCUUAUACAACGCUGUGAACUUCGAUCUUGUUAGCUACGCCUAUCCUACUUCUCUGCAUCCGAUCCGCUAUCUCGGCCGGGAAGAGUAAUAUAGCUGCAAAGAAUUGAAGCUGCAUCGCUGCUUUUUGUAUUUAACGCGACAACUUAACGUGGAUCUGGUGGCAGUGGCUUAUCGAAAUCCGAGCUAGAAAUGGUCGGAGGUGGUGUCAGGAGGGACGAUGCGGCCCCCGGGAUAAGCAGCAAGAAUGUGUUCGCGGCGCUCGAGACUCUGAAGAAGAAAAAGAAGACUUCGGUUAAGGAUCGUAAGGGACCUUCGAAAAGCAAGGGAUCGUCUACGACCCAGGAGAAGGAACCGGAGCCGUCACAGGUAUUCUGGGUACCUACGCCGCUGAACAAGUCAUGGGCCGAUGUCGACGACGAUGAUGACGACUACUAUAAGAGCGCGCCGGUUCUGCCCGCAUGGGGAGUGGUAGGGCAGCAGCAGCAGAAGGACGUUGGGGUUACGGCUGAAGAGGAAAGUGAAAGUGAAGACGAUGGUCUUGAUGAUGGUGAUGAUGACAUUGAGGAUGAAGGUGAGCAGGAGCCUGAGGCUCCUCUCCCGGCUGAGCCAAUCGUAAAGGAACCUCCCCCCGCCCCCGUGGCACCUAAAGAUACUGAAAGGCAGCUUUCUAAAAAGGAGCAGAAAAAAAAAGAGCUUGAAGAACUUGAUGCCCUUUUAGCUGAAUUUGCAGUGUCCAGUAAGGAUGACAAAGGUGCUGGUCAAAAUGAAAAUAAUGAUGCGACCGAAGUGAGGAAGCCAGACGAGCAAGCAAAGGAUGGAGAUAACGAGCAGACCAUCGCUGCAGCAGAGAGCAAGACUUCAAAGAAAAAGAAGGGAAAGAAAGAAAAAUCGUCUAAAGAGGUUAAGGAUUCAACUGAACCAGCUGAUGAUGCUGAUGGCUCCGACGGAGCGACAGUUGCUGAAGCUGUGGAAGAUACUGCUGCUGGAGUAGAUAUUAAAGAGAGGCUGAAGAAGGUAGUUUCGACGAAGAAGAAAAAAUCAGGCAAAGAAAUGGAUACUGCAUCCAAAAUUGCCUCAACUGAGGCUGCUGCAAGGAGUGCGAAACUCGCUGCCGCGAGGAAGAAAGAGAAGAACCAUUACAACCAGCAGCCAGUCCGGUGAACCGCCGCUUUUUUCAACCGAGUAUUUGUAAUGUUCAGUUUUUUUUUUUGUUGAAACUAGAAUAAACAGCUCAAGGUUGUUCACUUCUGUGGUUUAAUUUGGACGGAUCUGAGGCGCGUCAGUCAUCACCAGAACAUAUAUUUCCUUGAACGAUGUUGGUUGUCGUUAGGGUCUCAAUCACUCUGUGGAUAUUUAUUUGAGUACAAAUCCUUUGAAAUUAAAUUAGUUUAUCAGACUGUAA